GCUUUGAAUGUCGCUAUCCAUUGUAUCGCAACGUAUCUUUCGUGAAAUCAAGAGAGGCCUACCAUUAGACGCCCUGAAGGCCGCGCAGUAAAUAGCAUCAUAUUUUCAUAAUAAUCAUAAUAAUAUGUGAAUAGCUCUGAGAAUGACUGUAUAAUCAGCUAGUAUUCAUGUGGAACGAAAUUAAGAAAUAAGAACAACUAAAAGGUGACUCUGACUCCGGAAGAAUUCAAUGAGCAAUUCGAAUAUUGGUAACGCUGCUAUUUAUCGUCAUAUGUGUAAUGAUACUACCAUAAUUAUAAUCCACCUUGGACCGAAUAUUAUAUGAAAUGGGAUCUGCAGGUGUGGUGUGUGUCGUAUUGGUUGUAGCCAUUCUAAUCGUUUACUCGGCUGUGAUCUCAUAUCUCCACUUCAGAACUAGCAAUCCAACCUUGCCGACUCUGAAGAACGCACCCGAAGUGAUCGGUGUUACGACCUCGUAUAUUUGGGUUUCAUGGCAUCUAAAUUACAAUGGUAACGGUCCAGUCUGCGGGUCCACUGUCUAUCUCCAAAAUCCUUCAUCGACAUCGUGGACGAGUGUCGGUUUUGUUCCCUUGGAAGGUGAUGCAAACUACCAAUUCGUGAUUGACCGACUGGAUGCAGGGACCGGCUAUGGUAUAAGUGUCCGUCUUCUCCACUGCUCGGGGAAAGAAGGGACAGCAAGUCCCGAACUGUCCACGUCAACACAGAAUUAUGUUUUGCCCAGCUUGCACCAGCACCCUAGCACAAUAGCAUCAGGAACAACCUAUGCAACUAUCCUAUGGCAAGAUGAAUACGUCGGUGAUGGUCCUACGUGCGGCUAUGCUAUUGACAGGAGGGGUCUAGGGGAUGACACCACGCCUUGGACGACAGCAGGUUUCGUGCCAUUGCAACCGGGUCCACAGUCUGUGGAACAAAGUGUCUUCAACCUAACUGGCUUAGAACCGUCUAUGGGGUACCAGGUCUCAGUAAGACCUAUCAUGUGCGACGGUGCAAGGAUUAUUCAACUCGGAGAAGGGCCAUUAUUGUCUCUCAGGACUUCCUCAAUUGAACCACCGACUUUGCUGGUGGCACCUGUUCUGACCAAUAUUUCAACGUCACACGCGGAGAUCGAGUGGACUAGCGACCACCAAGGAGAUGGCCCUAUCUGUGGUUACGAUAUCGACCUCAAGAAGGACGUUGGCGAUAACAACGAACCGUGGCUUAGUGUCGGGUUCGUACCGGUUGGCAGCGAGCUCGAGUUCUACAUCGGGCACCUUGAGGCGGAUACUGGCUAUCUAGUCGCUGUUUCGGUCAUCAAUUGCUUAUCCGGUGAGGACGGUCCACAACGGCCUGUAUUAUCAUUCAGAACCACGGCGCCUGUAACGGAGACUGUCACAAUUACAUCUCAUACGCUUUCUCCAGCAGCACCAGAUGGAACUGAUAUGACUGAAAUCCCACCAGCAACAGUGACGUCCCCCUGCUCGAACAUAUCGGAGGUGAACUGUACAGAAUGUCUUCAAAAUACUACACUCAUCAUGCCUGUAUACGAGGAAUGCCAUAGUUGGAAACUGGCUUUUAGUGUCGUUUUACCUUCGCUCCUUUUUCUUCUAGGACUACUUGUUUUGAGUUACAUCAAGUUGAAGCGGCGAAGUAAUAAUAGCAUUGGAUCUCUGGAAAAUAACCUCAGCCAGUGCAUCGUUGCCGCCAUACCAACGCAACCAACAACAACCAACAUACGCAAUGUCUAUGCUGAAUGCAGUGAUAUCGAGAACGAUUACGAAGAGAUGAUUACGAAGAACAAAAACGUCAGCAAAUAUGGGUCUAUAACAGGGGGGAGAAUUGUAUGAAAGUUUUUUUAAUAAUAUUUCGCAUUGAAUUUUAUUCAAUUGUAUGCACGUAUCGAGUGAACCUUCCUAACAGCAACACU